UGUAGCUGCCGCUCUUGAUCCUGAGACUCAUUACAAGCACAACUUCUGCAGCAAACCAGAAUAUUCUUUAGCACUAACAGAUGCAAUAGAGAAGAUGGCACAAAAUUCUGAUGAAGCUGUUCAGGCAAUCACAGAAAUAUCAAUCUUUCGGGAGUGCCUUGGGAGGUUUAAUCGCCCCGUAGCACGUGCUGGAGCAUCAUCUAUGUCCCCAUCUGAUUGGUGGUUUCAGUUUGGAGGAGAAGUGCCUACGUUGCAGAAGUAUGCAUUGCGUAUUGUUUCACAAUGUGUUUCAUCUAGUGGUUGUGAGAGAAACUGGAGCACUUUUGCACUAGUGCAUACAAAAAUUAGAAACAAGCUUGGUUAUGACAAGUUGCAUAAAGUUGUGUAUGUGCAUUAUAACUUGAAGGAGCGUAUUCGGGAGGAUAGUGGAUACCAACAGAAGGACAAGGAAGUUGAUCCAAGUUCUAUGAUGUUAGAUGCUGCAACUUUUGAUGAGAACAAUCCAAUAUGGGACUGGUUAGAUAGAUCUACGAGUGAUGUAGGCCCUAGUUUGGAUGAUCUGUGUCGCAGUGAUUUAGGCAAUUCAUCUCAUGGAAAGAGGGCUUGGGUGGAUGUGGAUGAGGAUGAGAUUGAGUUCGAGUUGGGGGAGAGUGAUGAAGAACAGAAUGAGGAUGAGUUUGAGGAUGACUUAGGUGUAGAUGAUGACAUUGACGACGACAAUGGUGGUGAUGAAGAUGAGCCUGUGGUAGCUGCACCAAUAGUUGACUUAGAAGCUUUAGAUGAGGAAGAUGGUAAUCCUAAUGGCCAUAGAUCUAGAAGACUGCAGCAGAAAAGGAUGAGGACCCAGACCCUAUCUACUCUCUAUGAGAGUACAGUCCAGCAGCGGUUCUCUAGCAAUGGUUCUGGAGAGAUCAAGGGGACCCUCUACGGCAUCGAGGGGGCCACCUCAGGUUAUCUGGAGGGUCUGCAGCCAUGGGCGGACAAAGCAGGGACCUCAGGCACCGGCGAGGAGGAUUCUAGAUUUCCCUCCCUCACUGACCUAUUCGUGCACCACAGGAGGUCGUUGGAUGUUGUGGAGACGCUUCUACAGGGCAUCAAGGAGCGUACCAAGGAGGAGCUCUAG